AUGCAAGCAAUGCAAAGGGCGAGGAUAACACGCCGAACCCCCAACAAGAGAGACACGAGUGAUGCUCUUAUGAGAAAUUCCGAGGCUGAAAUCAUAUAUCAGUACUGGAUUCAAUGGAAGAUUUCAACGGCGGAUUCGAUGGAAGAUUCAACAGCAGAUUUGAUGGAGGAUUCAACAGCAGAUCUGGAUGUGGAUGAUAAUGAGAUUGUGAAUUCAGUUCUUCUAUUCUUUCCAUCAUAUAUUUCAUCAUCAUCAUCAUCAUCACAUUGAUUAUCUCACUUGGGAAUGUUAUAUGAAUGAAGUUGAAGCUGUCAGAG